AUGCGGGGAACUGCAUCAUCGGCUGUUGGUGAUGGUGGGGCCGUUGUUGCAGACGUCCAGGAAGAAGCAUUUCUGGCGCCCGAUUUCGACCCUAAAUACAUCAAGCUCCUCACGCAGGAAUCAAUCUUGCUCGGAGGCGGCGCCGCGGCCAUUCUACUCCAGGUGGCAGAAGCUGGUGUUGGUGCUGGAGUCAACGAGCACAGCAACUUUGCCUACAGGGCCAUCGACCGGUUGCGUACAACAAUGACUUAUGUCUACUGCAUGGCUUACGGCACCUCUCAGGAGCGUGCAACCAUCGUCGACAUGGUCACACGUGUCCACGAGUCGGUCAACGGCACGCUCAACGAAGGACGCGACACGGGCAAGUCGUACUCGGCUCUCGACCCGCAUCUUCAGCUAUGGGUAGCAGCAACUCUCUACUGGACAGCCAUGGAGAUCUACCAGUCCAUCUUUGGCGAAAUCAAAGACCCCAAGCUUCACGAAAACAUCUACAAGGACUAUUCUAUCCUCGCCUGCUCGCUUCAGGUGCCACCGGAGCUCUGGCCGCCCACACGAGACGCUUUCUAUACGUACUGGGAUGAGAAAGUGGCCAACCUCGAAAUCACCCAGCAUGCCCGCGAUAUUGCCAGAGACCUUCUGUACGACAUCAAGAUCCCAUUCUACCUCAAGGUCUUGAUGCCUCUCGUGCGUGUCGUCACGGCGGAGGUCCUGCCUACAAGGAUCAGGGAGGGCUACGGGCUGAAGAGGUCUCCCAAGACGUAUAAAUCCUGCGAGUUCGGUGUCAAGGCGACAUACCGCCCAAUCCCAAAGUCCAUCAGGUCCAUGCCUGUCAAGUAUUACAUGUGGGACAUGAGACGAAGACUUCGGAAAAACACGAAGAUCUUUGACAAGGCAUGAACGGGUCACUCUGAUAUUGCCAAGGAGCAUUAUAGUUUGGCUUCAAAUUCUAGGAACAUGUGAUACCUUUUGCUUCGAAACACGCAUCAUAUCAUCGU